ACUAACCACAUCGAUUCAAUUUCUUUGAACAGCAUCCUUGUUUCAAAGCUGUUAAGGCUGGCUGGGACCAUGAUCUUGAUGAUUAUGAGAGUUUCACCAACUUUACCCAUGUUGAAGUACAAUCCGUCACAACUUAUGAGAAGGAUUUACUCCACUCGCAAUGUGAAAUGCAAGAUUCGGCAGAUGACAGAGGCAGAGAUAGUCACCAUUGUGCGCUGGACGGAGAACAUAGGUUGGGAUAUCCCUCUCGUGUCAACCUUGGCCAAGUAUCAUUUAUCGCCACAUCUGGCCCUUGCUGCUGAACUCGAUGGUGAAAUUGUCGGUCACCUAUUUGCUUGCGAAUGGUCUCAGAACUUAGUAGUGACCAGCAACCUCUUUGUUCGGGAGGAAAAUAGAGGCCUCGGCAUAGGAAAGUUACUAACUCAAGCACUACGUGAUCUAACGUUGACGAAAGUGACAACAGGUUCUAUCGUACCAGAGCUGUUGAAUGUUCCUUCACUCUCCAUGCCAUUCUUAUCGCCAACUAGGAUACGUUCUCUGAUGGGAAAUGUCUGUACAGACAACCUCCCCACCACUAAGUUACCUUCAGAUGUUGAGAUUUUCUGCUACACUGAUAAAAUUCUCGAAGCAAUAACGGAAUAUGACAUUAGAAUAAAUACCAUUGCAUCGAGAGGGAACUUUUUGAAGACGUGCUUUGAUUCACCGGGUGUUAUUUCGCGUGUGGCUGUUCGGAAUACCGACUCAGAAUGUGAUGUUGUUGGCUAUGGUGCCUUGCUUCCUGUUAAAUCUGGUUGGCGACUUGAACCUCUGUAUGCAGACUCAACCGAAAUAGGCCUAUCAAUCCUGAUCGAGCUGAUUACCUCACUUCCUGAUAAGACACCCACAGUUUUUCUCCAAGUGCCCCACACCAAUGAAAUGAUGUCGAUUUUUACGAAUUUAGGAUUGAAGGGUCGGGGUGUGAGUGACAUGUAUCGCAUAGCAACUGAAGAAAAUUUCGACUUGAACAUUCCAAUGAAGAAAGUGUUUGCUGUCUGGGGGACUGAGGGUACUUUCAUAUAAAUAGUCUGCUUGGCUUAAUGUCAUGAAUCUCCUCAAGUAUGAAAAUACUUACAUUUGGUGAUUUACAUAGCCAGGGUUCUCCAUAGGCUUUCUCAAGGCAGGGUGUAAGUCUUGAUAAUAAAGAAGUUUUGCCAGUGUGCA